AUGGUAAUUGGUCGGGUUGCUAGGUGGCGGUGCUGCUUUUGUAAGAAUGUGAGAAAACAGCUUUUCUCCUCCGAGAGGCAAAGAGCGACAGGGGGAGAGCGCAGAAAAUGGAGGGAGGGGGAGAAAGCUGAAUACAGCGUGAGCUUCGCCGCUCGCUCCUAAUAACACCAGCCAAACCAGGGCGAAUGAGGACCUUUUCAGGGUCACACAGGACCCCGCACAAAAAAACAAACACAUUUCUCAGACACGCCAUGGCAUCCUCUGCUCAGCAUCAAACCCAUACGGGGAUGGUUAACACCACCAUGGGGUCUCCAUUGAGAGACGUGAUCGAGGAAAAAGAUGUGGAGAUAGAGAUGGACUGGACAAGAACCGAGGGGCCCCCCGUUCUUUGGGGCGAAUUUCAAGGGACACAGCAGACGGAAGGGGAAGAUGGAAAUGAAUGGUACCACAAGGGUCUGCAUCGGUGUCGGCCUGAUGACACCUGGGUGGCCUUCAGAGAUGCAGAAGGUGAAUCACAGACAGAUGAUCAGGAGGGGCAGUCAAUACAGCACGAUGGGCGAUGGUGGUGUGAGGACAGCACAACACUGUGUACAAGAGAACACUCGAUAGACAAAAGCAAUCUGGAACACAUAUUCGAAAGCUGCUUUCCUCCUGCGUCACAUGCACUUGUAGAAGAAGAAAUUCAGCCACUGGAAUCUUUACUACAUGAUAUUGAACCUGAAGGUCAUAAGCAGACAUGGAGAAGAUCCGCAGACUAUCUACAGAGAGCCACAUCUGAACACACAAGAGAUCCUGAUCUUCUUUAUAAGUGGGAAGGAUCCCAGCUACACUGCACCUACCUCUCAUGUCUCCAUAUCAACCCCAAUGACAAGGGUCCACCUCACAGAACCAAGUUCUCGGCAUCUUCUCCAGUCCCUAAACAGAGGCCACAGCCACACAAACUGAGCACAGGGUUGGCAAGAGACCCAGAGCUCAAACUUAUGAAGAUGGCCUCUGUUUCGGUCCACGUCACUGGCUUCAGCCCAUCCCAUCACCUCCAGUCCUUUUUCCAGCACUGGUCCCAGCCCAGUGGGAAGACUAGACUGAAGGUCGCCUAUGAAUUUAACCGCAGUCUCCUCGUGUAAUGAUUCUCUUGGACUCUCAAUUCAAAGUUUUGGUAAAAUUUGGUGGCAGAGUUAAGCAUUUUUAUGUCACAGAAAAGUAUAUUUUCUACAAUAAAAGCUAGUGUUUAAAGAGUGA